AAAGCUGUUGGGGGGGCGGGGGGGAGGAACAUGGCGCAAGCUCUGUCUGAGGAGGAGUUUCAGCGGAUGCAGGCCCAGCUCCUGGAACUCCGGACAAACAACUAUCAGCUUUCAGAUGAGCUACGCAAGAAUGGUGUUGAGCUCACCAGUCUUCGACAGAAGGUCACUUACCUGGAUAAAGAGUUUGCUAAAGCUCAGAAGGCACUGAGCAAGAGCAAGAAAGCUCAGGAAGUCGAGGGGCUGCUGAGUGAAAAUGAGAUGCUGCAGGCAAAGCUGCACAGCCAGGAGGAGGACUUCCGUUUGCAGAACAGCACGCUUAUGGCCGAGUUCAGCAAGCUCUGCAGCCAGAUGGAACAGCUUGAGUGGGAGAACCAGCAACUGAAGGAUGGAGCUGCCAGGGAAGGGGCUGCCCAAGCUGGCAGCCUUGUGGAUGGGGAGCUGCUGAGACUGCAAGCAGAGAACACAGCCUUGCAGAAGAAUGUGGCAGCCCUGCAGGAACGCUAUGGGAAAGGGACCGAAAAGUCUCCAGCUGUCAGUGAGGGCCAAGGUGACCCUCUAGGGGGCCCAGCCCAUACUGUUCCAGCUCCCAUCCCAUUGGCAGAGGUGGAGCUGAAAUGGGAGAUGGAAAAAGAGGAGAAGAGAUUGCUCUGGGAGCAGCUACAAGGCUUGGAGAGCUUGAAGCAAGCUGAAACAUCCAAGCUGCAGGAGGAACUUGCUAAGCUUUCUGAGAAACUUAAAAAGAAACAAGAAAGUCUUUGCCGUCUGCAGACAGAGAAGGAGACACUAUUCAAUGACAGCAGGAACAAGAUUGAGGAGUUACAGCAGCGGAAGGAAGCUGAUCUCAAAGCCCAGUUGGCUCGAACCCAGAACCUGCAACAGGAACUUGAGGCUGCCAAUCAGAGCUUGGCAGAAUUGAGAGAUCAGCGGCAGGGGGAGCGCCUGGAGCAUGCAGCAGCUCUCCGGGCCCUACAAGAUCAGGUGUCCAUCCAGAGUGCAGAUGCGCAGGAACAAGUGGAAGGGCUUUUGGCUGAAAACAAUGCCUUGAGGACUAGCCUGGCUGCCCUUGAGCAGAUCCAAACAGCAAAGACCCAAGAACUAAAUAUGCUCCGGGAGCAGACUGCUGGGUUGACAGCUGAGUUGCAGCAGCGGCAGGCUGAGUAUGAGGACCUCAUGGGACAGAAAGAUGACCUCAACUCCCAGCUCCAGGAAUCAUUACGGGCCAAUAGUCGGCUGCUAGAACAACUUCAAGAGCUAGGGCAGGAGAAAGAGCAGUUGAUCCAGGACCUUCAGGAGGCUCGAAAGAGUGCUGAGAAGCGGAAGGCCAUGCUGGAUGAGCUUGCAAUGGAGACACUGCAGGAGAAGUCACAGCACAAAGAGGAGCUAGGAGCAGUCCUAUUACGGCAUGAGAAGGAGGUGCUGGGGGUACGUGCCCGCUAUGAGCGUGAACUCCGAGAACUGCAUGAAGACAAAAAGCGUCAGGAGGAGGAGCUCCGUGGACAGAUCCGUGAGGAGAAGGCCCGAACACGGGAGCUGGAGAAUCUACAGCAGACAGUGGAAGAGCUUCAAGCUCAGAUACACUCCAUGGAUGGAGCUAAGGGUUGGUUUGAACGGCGCUUAAAGGAAGCUGAGGAAUCUCUGCAGCAGCAACAACAGGAACAAGAGGAAGUCCUCAAGCAGUGUCGGGAGCAGCACACUACUGAGCUGAAGGGCAAGGAGGAGGAACUACAAGGUGUGAAGGAUCAGCUCCAGCAGGCCCAGGAGGAGCGAGACAGCCACCUGAAAACCAUCAGCAGCCUGAAACAGGAAGUAAAGGACACAGUGGAUGGACAGAGAAUUCUGGAGAAGAAGGGCAGUGCUGCACUAAAGGACCUCAAGCGGCAGCUGCACCUGGAGCGGAAACGGGCAGAUAAGCUGCAGGAGCGGCUGCAGGAUAUCCUCACCAACAGCAAGAGCCGCUCAGGCCUUGAAGAGCUGGUUCUCUCAGAGAUGAACUCACCAAGCCGGACACAGACAGGGGACAGCAGUAGUGUGUCUUCCUUUAGCUACCGUGAAAUCUUGCGGGAGAAGGAGAGCUCAGCCAUUCCAGCUAGGUCUUUAUCUAGCAGCCCUCAGGCCCAGCCCCCUCGACCAGCAGAGCUAUCUGAUGAGGAAGUGGCUGAGCUCUUUCAGCGGCUAGCAGAGACACAGCAGGAGAAAUGGAUGCUGGAGGAGAAGGUGAAGCACCUGGAGGUGAGCAGUGCCUCCAUGGCGGAGGACCUCUGCCGGAAGAGUGCCAUCAUUGAAACCUAUGUCAUGGACAGCCGGAUUGAUGUGUCUGUGGCAGCAGGCCACACAGACCGCAGCGGACUGGGCAGCGUCCUAAGAGACCUAGUGAAGCCAGGCGAUGAGAACCUUCGGGAGAUGAACAAGAAGCUGCAGAACAUGCUGGAGGAGCAGCUCACCAAGAACAUGCACUUGCACAAGGAUAUGGAGGUUCUGUCCCAGGAAAUUGUACGGCUCAGCAAGGAGUGUGUGGGGUCCCCUGAUCCAGACCUAGAGCCGGGAGAGGCCAGCUAAAGACCUACAGGCUACACUCACUCUCUCCUCUCUCGACUUCCCAAGACUUCAUUCCCUUGGGCUAUGGUGCGAAAAUGGAGGCCUGAGCCAGAAAUGAAUAGGUUGAGAAACUGGACAUUAAAGCGGUUAUAGGCCUCAUGGCUUGUCUUAGGGCAGAGGCCCCUGGGGAAUAGGGAUUCUGAGGGGAGGGGCAGGGAUUUCUUCUUGGCCCUGGCUCCCAGAGGCCUUUGCCUUCAUCUCUGCAUGAGCUCUCCCUCCCACAAACCAAUUUUUUUUUUCUUUUUCUUUUUUUAAUUUAUGUCUGGAAGCCUGGCUACUCUGCAUUUGGGAUUGGGGAUGUUGGGUGGGGAUGUGGUCCAUGUUCAGCAUUUUAGCAACGUGUGUGUGUGUGUGUGUAAAGGCUGUGCAGCCAAAAUACCAUCUGGCCAGAUGGGCCCACCCACUGA